UUUAAAAACAGAGGUAGUACCUUAGUUUUAGUUUUUUUUUAAAAAAUAUCUAUUUUGAAAACAAAUCUUAUACGAAUUACAUACAUAAAUAAAAGAUUAGAAAACAUUCCAUGUAUCCUUCCACAAUAUAUAUUGAUGUAUUAAACUUAAGUAAAAUAAGAAAAAUAUUCAAAUAAUUUGCAACAUAUUUAGUGUUAUGUACUACUUUAUCAUUGAAAAAAAAAGAUUUUUUUUCUAAAGUUUUUUGUAUUUAAUUAUGUAUGAAAAAUAUGCCAAGAAAGAUAUGAAAAAAUGUUUUAAGUCAGUUGAUUAUUGAGAAAAGAAUACUAUGGAGAGAGAAUGAAUAAUAGUGUGCAAAAAAAAAAAAAAAAAAAUCAAUUUACGGGUUAAAUACAUAUUGUUAAGAUAAUCAGUUGGUUAUAAGAUUUUUGCUUGUAUUUGUGGUGGGUGUGUGCUGCUUGGAUUAAGAUUUUUUUUUUUUUUUUUUUACUUUUUGUGUGUGCCUACUGUCCUUUUUCUUUUGCUUUUGUAUCAAUUGAGGUCGUUGCUUGCUGGUUUUUUACUGUUUACGGUUGGUGAUGGCAACUGCUCUGCUGGAAAUAUGAUUUAGAAUCCUAAUUUUGGGCAGAAAAAGCUUGCCCAGUUUUGAAGGCCUUUUCAUAUCUUGUCUUUUUCUGGGGAAGGUGUUAGCUUUAAGAGGGUCGGUUUACCCUUACUAUAUAUAUGACCACUCUCUUUUGAGUUGAGCUAUCUGUUGUUUCUUCACUGAUCAAGGUGGUUCAGGUAAUGAGUUCUUGGAGCUUUAUUCUGCUCUUUCAUGCUAAUUGAUUUUUGUUAUUGGACUUUUACUGGAAAAACGAGCUUGGUUUAAAGAACACUGUGACGAAAAUGAUCUUUACCUACAUUGAUUGCUCAACUGGAACAAAUGAAUUGCAAUUUAGAUAAUUAGAAUAUUUAAAAUGUCUGAUCUUAUAUAGAUUUCUGUGUAAAUUAGAUUAAUCGAUCAUUUGAUUACAGUUUUGGCUUUAAAAAGCUUGCCUAUCAUACUGUUGUUAGGUUUUCAGAUUUAUAGUUUUUAUAAUUAGCUAUUGGUGAGUACAUGUUUAGAUUUAAAAUUCUCAGUAUAUGCCAUUGUGCUGAAGAAAAGAAAAAAUAAUAUGAAUGUUCUUGGUUAAAAAGUGAACUUUGAAUUUGUUUGUUGCUGUGUGAAAAAUCGUGUCUUAGGGGGAAAAAAAUUAUAUUAGUGGAGGCAUCAUUUUGGUUUGGUUCCCCAUUUAUAGAUCUUAAAGUGACGGGUUUUGUUUGGUUUGUAUUAGUUGGAUCAUUGAAUGGUACAUACUUUAGGAGCAUAAUAUAGAGGAAAUGUUGGCUUGUGCGAUGAUGUAUUGUUUAUGAAUGAGUUUGUGUUUUACUGCCUGUUAUAGUGAGCUGAGCAGAAUUUUGUGUUGCUUGCAGGUGCUGUUGUGCUAUAUUACUUGGUGCUUGUUCUACUCAGAUUUCCGCAGGUAUAUAUUGCCCUUAGCGUGAUCUGCUAUAUACAUUCGGGUUUAGUAUGCUCUUUUAAUUGCCGAAAAGUAAUGUUCUGAUUGCUAUGGUUGGUGUUGGCUAUUUUUUUGCUUUCUUCUUGUUAUCUACUGUGUGUGCUGUGUUGUCGCUUACUCGGAGUUUUGGUUUGUGCUUUCCCUGGUAAUCUUUUUAUGGUCUGCUUUGUUAUGCCUGUGAAACUCUGUCUAUAGUUGAGUAGCUGAUGUGUGAGACUUGUUGCAACUGUAAUUUGAUUGGCAGUUAUAAUAUGUUUUUGAGGCUGAGAGGUCAGAUGUGAUUGUUGUAGUAAUAUUUUUGGGUAUUUGUAUUAUUUCUAGCUGUGAAAAAACACACUUUGUUCUGAAUAUUUUGUGGUCUCAUUGAGUGAUGCUGUCUGUUUGAGGGGGUUGUUUGGAUACUUGGGUUUCAAGCGGUUUGGGUUACAAGAAAUAUUAGUUUGCUGUUGCGCCUUGGAUGGCAAAGUUGGAUAAGUAUCAUUUAUCAUAAAUGGUACAUAUUGUGUUGAAGAAAGGGUGAGUAUGUGCUGUUGUAUGUAACAAAACUAUGAAUGGUAUGUUUCGAUUGUUUAUCAUUGAAUCUCUAAAGAUGAAUUUGGAAUCUGUUGGGUGUGGGAUUGUAUGUUUCGAUUGUUUAUGCACAUUCAAUGCCCCAGUAAACCAGAUGAAGAGCAUACUGUAUAUUAUUGCUUUACUUUAUGUAUGUUAUCAGUGUGCUGGUCUUUACACCCUGUGUCUGUUUACUUCAGGAUGCUAGCAGAUGUCUGUGUGAUUUCCGAUGUCCCUUAGGCAAGUUUUUCUUGAUUUGUUUGUGGACAGGUGCAUCUGCCUCUAACAAUGGGUAGUGCUUCUUUUUUCAAUAGUCUCUAUUCUGGUUUCUGUGUGAUCUGCCUUUUGUUACCUUUUACUCUUACGUUUCCAACAUACACAUAGCACAGCAAUUUAACAUUUGUUACAAUGUUGUUGUAAUGUCAAUCUGGUAAGCCCACGUGCCCUGCAUUCCUAAGACACAUACAACCUAAGAGGAGUGGUGUACUUGGAGGAGACUCUCCAGCUGCUUUAGUAAGUGGCUUAGGAAAUUGUCGACGCAGAGCACCUAAGAGGAAGCGCGCACAUCAGAUUGUGAAUAUCCCUGCUGCUACUAUUGGUUUAUUGCUGCCCAGAGAAUCGCUGCAAUUACCAGCUGCUCACUACUGCCAUCAUUGUCACACAAAAAUACUUGCAUCAGAAACCAAAAUUUUUUGUUGUGGGGAUGGAGACAUACAAAUUGCUCUGAAUGAAUAUCCUCCAGAACUUGAACACUUAUUUAUAUCCCAGGAGGAAGAUGCGGUACACUUCAGGAAGUAUGCUCGUUUAUAUAAUAACUUGUUUGCAUUCAGCUCGUUAGGCAGGAAUUUUGAUGCUACCACAUGUAAAGGAAUCUAUGUGUUCAAGUUACAUGGUCAAUUGUAUCAUUUUGUUCCAGAUCUUCUUCCGAGGGACGAUCACCCAAAGUAUUUGCAGCUGUACUUUUAUGAUGGCCAGCAUGAAGCUGCAAAUAGGCUUGGCUGCUUUCCGGAAUUGCGGGAGGAUAUCAUUGCUAUUCUGAUGCGCGUAUCGGAAAAGAACCCGUAUGCUUGUUUCUUUCGUUCUUUGAAAGAAGUUGCAGACAGAGGAAACUCAAAUUGUCCUUAACCAAAGUGCGGUGCCGGAUCAGCGUGUAUACAAUGCUCCGACUACUGAUGAAGUUGCUGAAAUUUGGCCUGACAAUGCAUCAUCGAGUCAUAGCUCUAGCCCUCAUAUAAUGGUUUCAGGAAAAUCAAAUGUCUCCCAUCGUAUCUACCACCAUUAUGGGUGCUAUGACCCUCUACAGUACCCUCUUUUAUUUCCCCGGGGAGAGAGUGGAUGGAACCAAGGGUUAAAAAAAAGAUCCUGGGGUGGUCGACAGCAAACAGCCGCACAGGUGGAUCCUGUGUUAUCUUGUUUUGUUCAUACUGCUGAAGAGCUGUUGGAUGCGGAAGCGUCCCAUAAGUGCUACAUACCAUGGGGGGCAGCUGGCAAACGCACCAGAGCAGACAAAUAUAUUUCUCCUCGAGAGUAUUACGCUUUCCUGUUGCAGAUGCGGCCGGGCAAUAUGUUGUUGCGAACUGGUAGACUGUUACAACAAUAUGUCGUAGACAUGUAUGUAAAGAUGGAAAGCACUUGCUUGGACUACUUCCGCAACAAUCAGGGAACUAUAAGAUCAGACCUUUACCAAGGUAUCUUGAACUCUUUAAAGAGUGGGGAGACGUUAGCAUCUAAUGUUGGGCAACGAGUUAUUUUACCACCAACUUUUAUUGGUGGACCUCGAGACAUGAAAAAACGCUAUCUAAAUGCCAUGACAUUGGUUAAGAGAUAUGAGAAACCAGAUCUCUUUAUUACAAUCACAUGUAAUGCAAAUUGGCAAGAGAUUAAGUCUGAGUUGGCCCUUGGCGAGUUACCACAAGAUCGGCCAGAUUUGGUGGCGCGUGUGUUUCGAGCGAAGCUGUUGGUUUUGAAAAGAGAAAUUAUGGAGAACGAGGUUUUUGUUGAGGUCUCGGCGAUGAUUUAUGUCAUUGAAUUUCAGAAGAGAGGCUUGCCUCAUGGACAUUUCUUGAUCAUUCUGAAGGGUGGGUCAAAAAUGAAGUGUCCUGAGGAUUAUGACAAAUUUGUUUGUGCAGAGAUCCCGCCUGCAAGUGAUCCAAUAUUACGCAAAAUCAUACUCAGGCAUAUGAUGCAUGGCCCUUGUGGCCAUUUGAAUCCGCAGUGCCCUUGUAUGCGUAAAAAGGGCCAGAAGCCAAAGUGUAAGAACAACUUUCCUAAGAAAUUUUCACCACACACAACAACUAACAAAGAUGGGUUUCCAACAUAUCGGAGAAGAGACACUGGUGAAACAGCCAGGGUUAGGGGUGCUACGCUUGAUAAUAGGUGGGUGAUUCCUUACAAUCCUUAUCUUUCUGUUCUGUUUGAUUGCCAUAUUAAUAUUGAGGUCUGUUCUACAAUCAAAGCUGUGAAAUAUUUGUACAAGUACGUGUACAAAGGGCACGACAAGGUUUCUUACAAUGUUGUUCCAACAAAUGGUUAAGUUGUUGAUGAAAUCCAACAAUUCCAGUCAGGGAGGUGGGUUUCACCCUGUGAAGCUGCAUGGAGACUUUUUGCGUUGGAUUUGUUUGACAUGUACCCUUCAGUUCUCCUGCUGCAGGUUCACCUGCCAAACCAGCAAACGCUCCACCUACAUCCAUUUGAAAGACUAAAUGGUGUUUUUGCGAAUUCAAGACGUUCACAGACCCAUCUCACUGGAUUCUUUGCUAUGAAUGACGCGAUUCCAGGAGGAACAGGUUAUUUAUAUAGUGAAUUCUGUGAACAUUAUAGAUGGGAUGCAUCAAGUAAGGAGUGCAUUGAAAGAGAGAGGGAUAGAUUUCAGGUGGGUCGAUUAGCUUUGUGUUUCCAGCGGAAGGAGAACGGUUUUAUUUGCGCUUAUUGCUACUGCAUGCCAGGAGUCCUAGGUCAUUUGAACACCUCAGGACUGUGCAUGGCUUUGUAUGCUCUACUUUCCAAGAAGCCGCUUUGAAGCUAGGGUUACUUGAAGCAGAAGAUCUUGCCAGUUCAUGUCUUAACGAGGCCUAUGAAGUACAGAUGCCUGUUGCACUGAGGCGCCUCUUUGCAACUAUACUAAUCUUCUGCCAGCCAAGUGAACCUGUAGCAUUAUGGACCAAAUAUUAUCCAUUUCUGUCUGAUGAUUUCAGAAAUCAGUUUCCGUCUGACUUGUCUAGGAUUAGACAGCUAACUGUUAAUUCCAUAGAACAGCAUUUAGAAGCAAUGGGCAGAUCUCUGAAAGACUUUGGAAUUGAAGAGGUCAAUGAACAACUUGAUACAGAGAUACGACGAACAAAAAACAUAAUUGAUGCUCUAGAUGCACCCAUUCCUCAAGAAUGCAUAGACUGAAGAGAGCGUCUAAAUCCAACUCAGACCUUUACUUGCAUCAUUGCAACGGACAGCGCCCUUGAGAGACUAAGGAAGAGAAAGAACACAAAAACAGGAAGAGGAAGGUUGAUUGAUUGAUAAUAAAUAACCGAAAGGUUCAAGAACAAGCAAUGACUUUAGGCCAUUAGUCUCAAAGAGUUCUCAAUACAAUUUUCUGAAUGCCCCUCUCGUCUUCUUAGAUUACUACUUAUACUACCCUUCUUACUACAUGACAUGGCAAUAGCCUUAAUUGUUACAAUAACUAUUUCUUGCCCUCUUCUAAAAAGCAAAGCAAAAGCAAAGUAAACUAAUAAGCCAAGAGUGGCAGUGUGCAGUAGCUUAAGGUUGGGCUCGUGAGUGUUGCGGGUUGGUGGUGUUUCCCUGCUGCUGGUUUUGUCUUUGUCCCCUCUGCCUUCUGCUGUACUGGUAACGAAUGGGAGGUGUAUGGUGGUGCAUUGCAAUCAUGCAGCAUGUUACAAAUAAACAACCUGGUGCCUUUUUCAUUGAUGGUCCUGGUGGCACAGGGAAAACCUUCCUCUACAAAGCGUUGUAUGCUGAAAUUAGGCUCAUGAACAAGAUUGUAUUGCCUACAGCUACUUCUGGAAUUGCAGCUGCAAACAUUCCUUCUGGUCGAACGGCACAUUCAAGGUUUAAGAUCCCAAUUGAUUCUGAUUCUUCCCGGGCAUGUGUUGUUCCCAAACAAGGUAGCCUUGCAGCACUUCUAAAAGAGGCAACUUUGAUAAUCUGGGAUGAAGCUUCAAUGGCACAUAAAGAAAAUCUUGAAUCCUUAGAUAUGCUAUUGCAAGAUCUAUGUGAAAAUACAUCUUUAUUUGGUGGUAAACUUGUAGUCUUCGGGGGAGUUUCCGACAAGUUCUGCCAGUUGUCCCGCAUAAGACACAACGUGAAGCAGUUGGGGCUACCGUUGUUACCUCAUACUUGUGGCCUAAGCUUACAAAAUUUAAACUCACUGAAAAUAUACGAGCUCGGGAUGAUCCCCAGUAUUCUAUUUUUUUGCUGUCCUUGGGAAACGGAGAACUACAGCAAACAGAUAAUGGAUAUGUUCAGUUACCUAUGGAAAUUGUAAGGCCUCUUGUACCUGAUGUAGAUCCUGUCAAAGAAAUCAUGGUGACCACGUUCCCUGAACAGGUAUCUUUGGAAAUGAUCUCUUUACUCAGAAAGCUAUUCUUACACCAAUGAACGAUGAUGUCGAUCUUAUAAAUGCUGUAAUGAUUGAAGAAUUUCCAGGUGAUCCUGUAGUGUAUAAAAGCUUUGACAGUGUUCUUGA